UUUACUUUAGAACCCUACUUCUGAUGCUUCCCGCUUAUUGACCUCUCCGGCUAACUUCAGUCGUCUUUAUUAGCCCCGCUUAUUAGGUUUUCCGUUUUCCGGCGAGGAAGCGGAGAGACAACCCCAGAUGGCGCGCAAUGAGGAGAAGGCACAGUCGAUGCUCAAUCGCUUCAUUGCGAUGAAGAACGAGGAGAAGCGCAAGCCCAAGGAGCGUCGUCCAUACCUCGCCUCGGAGUGCCGCGAUCUCGCCGAUGCCGACCGAUGGCGCAGUGAAAUUCUCCGAGAGAUUGGUGUCAAGGAGGCUGAGAUCCAGACCGAGGGCCCCGACGAGCAUCGUCUCCGUGAUCUCAAUGACGAGAUCAACAAACUUCUUCGCGAGCGUGUCCACUGGGAGCGCCGUAUUGUAGAACUUGGCGGACAAAAUUACACGAAGAACACCGCCAAGAUGACGGAUCUUGAAGGUAACAUCAUCGAUGUUCCUAACCCUUCCGGCCGUGGCCCUGGUUACCGCUAUUUCGGAGCUGCCAAGAAACUCCCCGGCGUUCGGGAGCUCUUCGAGAAGCCGCCUGAGAUCAGGAAACGUCGCACUCGCUAUGAUAUCUACAAGCGGAUAAAUGCCAGCUACUAUGGAUACAGAGAUGAUGAGGAUGGCAUCCUUGAGAAGCUUGAAGCAGCUGCAGAGAAAGAGAUGAGAGAUAAGGCAGAAGCAGAGUGGUGGAAGAUGGAUAAGAUCAGAAAAGAGGCGAAGAAGGCCGUGAAGAGCAGCCAGGUUGUGACUGUGGAGCCUACGGCCAAGGAGAUUUUGUUUGAGGAGGAGGAGGAUGUGGUGGAGGAAGAGAGGAGGGAGAGGGAAAGGGAGGUGAGAGAGAGCAGCAAACAACAGGAGUUUGUUGUGCACGUACCACUGCCUGAUGAGAAGGAAAUUGAGAAGAUGGUUUUGGAGAAGAAGAAGAUGGAACUGUUGAGCAAGUACUCUAGUGAUGUGUUGAUGGAGGAACAGAAGGAAGCCAUGGCAAUGCUCAAUGUGCAGAGAUAGUCCUGUUGUGGAGAUUGUCCCGAUUUUUAAAGACUUAGCCCUAAUAUGUCUAAGGUCCGUUGUUAUUGGCAAUUUCUUGUUAUCUCAUGCCAUUGAUCUAUCACUGGUAAUCUCUAAUAUAUUGGCUUCUCGCUAAGAAUAUUUUAUUUUAUUAUUCCAGCAGAACCCAAUUUUUCUCUCUUAGAUCACUACAUUAUUUUCUGUGUAUUUGUUAAGCAGGGCAAGACUUGCCCUGCUUAUUGUGCAUGCUUGUUUAUGAAAUGUUGUGACUGAGAGGCAAUCUCCUAAAGAUGAAAAUUAUUAUUCUUAACUUCCA